CCUCGAUCGGCUUCACUCUCCCUCUCUCAUAUACACAAACAUUCACACACACUCUCUUGCAGGCUGUCAGCAGGAAGCAUCAGCAUAGGCUUGCUUGCUUCAGGAUAAUUCCUGGGAGGAAUUUCCAGCUGUGGAUACUUCAUCCAGCAAUUGCCAAAGUGUUAUCUAUUCUCACGGUCAGUGAUGGUGUGACAGACACAUCGUUCACGCUCUGAUCUUCCCAAGGGGGAGCCACUGAGGAUUAGCUGGCUGAUGAUGCAUCAGGGGGAGGAGGAAAGGCUGUGUUUAUCUACUGUCCCCGUGUCACAGAGAGCUUCUAAAGGAGCAUUCAGUUGCCAGCAAUAUCGACAGGCCUCAGCCAUCCAGCUGUUCGCCUUACUGUCACAGCUAACGUGAUGAGUCCAAGCCUUCCCUUUCAGGACUAAAAGCAGACAGGACGUCAAUGGACUUGGCUAUGAUUCUAAAAGAUGUCUAUGGGGUAAUGGGCUGGUCGUGGCGUUUUGGGAACUACCUACUCCUCACUGUGUCUCUUAUUGCAAUGCAAGUGCAGUCAGACCUGGAAUUUCCAAAGGACGGACAUUUUACGUGGAAAACGGGUCAUUGGGGCAGGUGUAUGGGAGAGGACUGUGGAACUGGUGGUGUUCAAUCCAGGACAGUGUGGUGCAUCCACACCGAGGGCUGGACCACGCACCACUCCAACUGCCGCCACGCAGACAAACCUGAGAGCCAGAGGCCUUGCUUUAAAGUGUGUGAGUGGCACCAAGACCUAUUUGAAUGGGAGAUGUCAGAAUGGGGGCUAUGCGUUCUAGCCUCCUUCCAGUCCAACAAGCUCAGACUGAGGACUGCAGAGUGUGUCACAGCACAGCACGGCAUCCAGCGACGGAAAGUCCAAUGUGUGCGCACCUCAAAUAGAACGGCAGUCACGGAGAGGAUAUGUGAAUUCUUCUCCCCCCGACCUGCACAGGAGCAGGCCUGCUUGAUCCCAUGCCCUCACAACUGUGUCGUGUCUGAUUUCUCCUUCUGGUCUGGCUGCAGUAGGACAUGUGGCACUGGGCUCCAACAUCGAACCCGCCAUGUGCUGGCGGCACCAAUGUAUGGAGGAGCCAACUGUCCCAACCUCACACAGACGAGAACUUGUGCGAGCCUGUUGCCCUGCCCAGUUGGGGAGAGUGAAUAUCACUACAGCCUUAAAGUUGGUUCCUGGAGUGAGUGCAGGCAGCCACAACAUAAAGGACUCUGGAUGAGUGGUAGGACCAUGCUUAACUUCAGCACAGGAAAUACUGAGAGGAACACAGUAAAACGAAAUAUCCAGAGUUCGCAACACCACCAUCACCAUCUCCACCACCACCACAGCCUCAAGAGCUUGGACGUGGAGAUCGGCUACCAGACGCGCCAAGUUUGUUGCGUGCGGAGCGAUGGCAAGAACGCCAUAUUGAGCCUUUGUACUCUUGGCAACAGCCCUGGCACAUUCCAGUCAUGCGUUAUGCCCAGAGACUGUGAGACCUCAGAUUGGUCGGUUUGGAGUCCGUGUUCAAAGACAUGUAGAGCAUUAGAUAUGUCCCCUGGUUUUCGGGUCAGGAGUCGGAGUAUAACCCACACUCCCAUUGGUCUUGGCAAAGAAUGUCCUGCCCUUGAAGAAAAGGAAGCUUGUAACAUCAUUGGAGAUUUACUUCCAAACUGUCCCAGGUAUGUGUGGAAGAGCACAGAUUGGGGGGACUGUCAGGCAGCUCCUCUCCUUAGCCAGCAGGACAGAAGGCUAAAUAAUGUUAGCGUUCUCUGUGGUGGAGGGAUUCAGAGCAGGCAGCUGUACUGUGUACAGGUUCCAGACAACUCCACCCCUCAUCAAAGAAAAGAGGUGUAUAGGCCAGUAAGUGGGCAUCUGUGUAUGGAAGAUUUGCCCUCUGCGGUACAAGCCUGCUCUGUACCAUGUCCAAAACAAUGCUUGCUCUCAUCCUGGUCCUCCUGGGGAGCCUGUCUCCCCGACAAUUGCAUGGAGACCCAUGGACGAAAAGGCUUCAGACAGAGGAGGAGAGAGGUUCUGGAAAAAGGAUCUGGAACAGAAAACUGUGCCCAUCUCCUGGAGUCGAUGCCCUGUGAGGAUCCAGUGUGUUUCCUGUGGAAGGUGCACUUUGAAGGUGCAUGUGUGCCCAGCAAUGGCAACUGUGAAAAUGGAACCAGGACUCAAACUGUGGCUUGUGUCAACUCUCAAGGGCAGCUUGUUCCUGAGGAGCUCUGUGAAGAGGAAACACCUCCUAAAGAAGUUUUGUGUGAGAUGGCAUGUCCAGGUGACUGUGUGCUCAGUUUAUGGUCUGAUUGGUCUUCCUGCUCCCACAGCUGCUCUAAUAAAAUCUCAGAGGGCAGACAAAGUCGCACAAGGACCAUAUUAGGCCUACCAAGGGAAGCUAAGGCAUGUCCAGCUGCUACUACUCUGGAGGAGAGGAGAACAUGUAAUGAUCAUCCAUGCAUCAUAUUCUACUGGGAAGCAUCGCCAUGGGGACCAUGCAUUGAAGACUUCUCCAUGAAUCUAAAUGGCUCUGACUACUGGAACGGAACGGCCACCUGUGCUGUCGGGGUGCAGAUUCGUAAAGUGGUCUGCAUGAAAAUGGGCGCCGGGCCAGUUAUUCCCAAAAGGUGUCCAGAUUCUGCUCAACCAGACACCAUUCAACCCUGUUUAUUGCCUUGUAAGAAAGACUGCAUUGUAACUCCUUUUUGUGAAUGGACAGCCUGUCCAACAGCUUGCCUACCAGUGAACAGCACCAUGCCAUUACAGUCACGAUACAGGAUCAUCAUCCAGCGGGCAGCCAAUGGUGGUCAAGAGUGUCCGGACACGCUUUAUGAGGAGAGAGAAUGUGAGGCUCUUCUGGUGUGUCCUACUUACAGAUGGAAUACACACAAAUGGCAUCCAUGUACUCUGGUCCCAGAUUCAGUCCAGCAGGGAAUGACAGGAGUGAGUGAAUCGUGUGGAAAAGGAUUAGAGAUGAGAGGAGUGAGCUGUGUGGAUGAGUAUGAUGAGGUGGCAGACAUGUCAGAGUGUCUGCAGUGGGCCGAGCCAAUGCCGUCACGCUUCAGGAGCUGCUGGGUGCCCUGCAGGGAUGACUGCGCUCUCAGUACUUGGUCUAAAUUCACAGAGUGCGCUGGCUGUGGGAACCGACGCACCCGCAAACGCACCCUAACAGGUCGAAGCAGAAAACAAGUCCAUUGUCAGAGAGAAGACUUGUUCCCUCUGCUGGAAUCUGAAUCUUGUCCAUGUGAUGAGUUUGUCUCACAGCCGUAUGGUAACUGGUCAUCUUGCAUCCUUCCGGAAACGUCAAUGCAAGCAUCUCUCCCGGGUUGGAGGGGUCGUAGAGAUACGCGUGACUGUGGUCAGGGACUAUGCUAUCGAGCUGUGGCCUGUCUGGACCACGAAGGCCACCUGGUUAGCCCAGACCGGUGCAGCGAAACAGGUUUGGCGGAAGAGGUGUGCCAUGUGCCAUGCCCUCUGGACUGCAAGUUGAGCGACUGGUCGACAUGGUCAGCCUGCAGCAGCUCCUGUGGCAGCGGGCUGAAAAUCAGAUCCAAAUGGCUGCGGGAGAAGCCAUUCAACGGCGGUCGGCCGUGCCCCAAACUAGAUCUGAAGAAUCAGGCUCAGGUGUAUGAGGCUGUACCCUGUCACAGUGAGUGUGGUCAGUAUGAAUGGGUCACAGACCCCUGGUCAGUCUGCACCAUCAACACAGUGGAUGAACUGCCAGCCUGUGGAGAAGGCAUACAAAGCCGCAAGAUAUGGUGUGUGAGGCGUGGUGGUGGGGCUCAGAUGAGCAGUGUGAAUGAGACCCUCUGUGACCAGGACGAAAUCCCUCCCCAAGCACAGACCUGCUUCCUGCCAUGCCCUAAUGACUGUGUGAUGUCCCAAUGGAGCCAAUGGAGCACUUGUCCAAUGCCAUGUGACGAAAGCACAAUGAGGAUUAGGACGAGACACAUGCUGCGCCCCCCAGUGGCCGAUAGAGAGUGUCCCGAGAGUAACCAGACAGAGUCUUGUGUCCUCAACAGCACCUGCUUCAAUUAUCACUACAAUGUCUCCAACUGGAGCACCUGUCAGCUGAGCGAACAUGCCAUCUGUGGCCAGGGCACGAGGAUACGGCUCUUAGAUUGCAUUCGUAGUGACAGCAAAGUGGUAGAUUUGAUAGUCUGCAAGGAGCUGGACCUGCCUCAGCCAUGGACACUGGCGAUGAACUGCGUGGUGGACUGCCCCUUUAACUGCAUCCUCUCUGAUUGGACGCCAUGGUCGGAGUGUUCACACACCUGUGGCAGUAAAGGUGUGAUGACCCGUUCUCGCAGUGUGCUACAGCAAGCUCACGAGGAGGGCCGCCCAUGCGCCUCCCAGCUUUUCCAGACCAAACCCUGUCCCAUCAGCCCCUGCUACACAUGGCUUCUGAGCGGCUGGUCUCCAUGCAGAGUUGAGGGGGCAGAAUGUGGAGAGGGCACAAGGGAGAGGAACCUGACAUGUGUGGUGCACUGGGCAGACUGGACAGACAGCCCCCACCUAUCUAAAACAGUAGAGGAUGAGAAGUGUGGAGACCGUCUGAGAAAGGAAAGUAAGCAGGAACUGCAGCAGCCAUGUUUCGUCCCCUGUCCAGGAGACUGUCACCUUACAGAAUGGUCAUUGUGGAGUUCUUGUCAGCUGACGUGUUUGGAAGGGCGAAGUUUUGAGACGGUAGGACGUCAGGCACGCUCACGAGCCGUGGUCAUUCAAGUGCUAGAAAAUCAAGACAGCUGCCCUCACCAGGUCUUUGAGACACGUCUAUGCAAAGGAGGGAAAUGUCACAGUUACGAGUGGAGGACCAGUGCCUGGAAUGACAACGAAAGAUCAGUGUGGUGUCAGCGUUCUGAUGGGAUCAAUGUGACAGGAGGCUGCUUUGCACAGAACCGGCCGACAACUGUGCGUCACUGUCACCCUCCCUGCACCAAACCCUUCUCCCACUGCAAGCAGAGUGGUGUGUGUGGGUGCGAGAAGGGUUACACUGAAGUGAUGACCACACAUGGAUUCUUGGAUUACUGCACCAAGACCCCUGGUUCAGACAACAAGAAAGCAGAUGUGAAGACCAGCUCGGGAAGAUUAAAACCAGGCACCACUCAGAUCCAGGACUUCUUUGGCGAGUGGUCCCUGCAGCCGCUCGGCCCAGAUGGAAGAAUAAAAAUGUGGGUCUACGGGUUAACGGCUGGAGGAUUCAUUCUUAUAUUAUUCAUAAUUGCUGUGGCCUUUCUGUUUUGCAAACCACUCAAAUCGAGUAAAAGUGCAUGUCCACCUCAAAAGCCCCUGACUCUGGCCUAUGAUGGGGAUGUGGACAUGUGACUGUAUAUUCUAAUGACAAAGAGGGCUCCUAGAGGAACAGUUAGACAUCAAAGUACAUUUCAGUCUUGAAAUCUGCAACACAAACAUUGCGUGCCAGCCUGCAAGGACAGAGGUUUUGGAUCAGUGAUCAUAUGGAAAAUGGCGAUAUUCAAAGAGGGUGACAUUACACAGACCAGAUGGAGGACUUUGACAUUUUCUUGCCAUGAUUUUUCUCACAUCAGAAACAAGGGGAAACAAACACAAGAAGGGCAUUUCAAGUUGUACUGAAUAUAUUGUAUUAGUCAGAUGCAUUAAGCCAGUCUUAAGGGGAAUUUUUAACUACAAAAUAAAAAGAACGAGACAAGACUGAUGUGUUUUGCACUAUAUUAGUGCUUAAUCAUUGUUUAGUUUUCUCUUUGUGUUCAAACAGAUUUUCUAGUGUUUUUCAUUGUGAUGCAAAUACUUUGCUGUAAACUGUUGUGUUCAUUUAGAAUGUCUCUGAAUGUGUGUAUGAUCCACACAGUAAAUCAAAACACAGCACAUUUAGACCCCCUCAAAGGUUACAGUUGAUGAUCUGUCCAUGUGGUUCUGCUGAACGGCUACAUUUGAACUUUAACCUGUCUAGCAGCUGAAAAAUGUAUGAAGUCUGCUCCAACACCAGCAGACAAUGAGUUCCUGUGUCAUGCAGAAAGACUUCUUGCAAGAUCCUGUGGUUAGAAGAACUAAUUUAGCACAGAUACAGUGGACCAAUGCGUUUUUGUAGAGUCUGCAUGAACAUUAUACUGGGAGAGGAGGUUCAACACUAUUAAUGUGAAUGGUUUUCAGUAGAGAGUACAGGUGCUGAUUCUGUAUUUUGUGAAUAUUCCUGGUGUUUGAGAUUUCUUUAAAGGGAUAAUUUACCUAAAUGCUGAUUCUGUCAUCAUUUACUAUUUACUCACCCUCAUGUUGUUCCAAAACCAUAUGAGAUUCCUCCUUCUGUGGAACACAAAUCAGCCUCAGUCACCAUUCAGUUUCAUUGUAAGGUAAAGAGCAGCAUCAACAUUAAAAUUUCUCCUCAUUUGUUCCACUGCAUGACGAAAGUCAUACAGGUUUUAAAAUGACAUAAGGUUGAGUAAAUGUUUUGGCUUUAUUGAAUUUGUUCUUGCUGGCAUUAUUGAUUGUCGGUUUCAUGAAUUAGUGUCAAGUUUUGCUUACCUCCUUGUGUUGCUAUGUGAAAAACAUUUCCUAAAUUUCAAUGGUCCACAUGAUAAGAUGAUGUAAAGAUUAAGAAAUAUUAGACCUCUAAUUCAUGUGGUCAUUCUCCACCAAAAGAAAGUACAUUCUCUGCUGUAUGUGUUGUAUAUAUUGUAUGCACAUCAAUUAACAAAGUGUUAUUAUUUUUCUUCAUUUGUUGAUUUAUUACUUCCAUCUUUUUUUGUAUACUGCCUACUGUACUUUGACUCAUAAAACUUGCUACUGCUGUCCACAUUAUUUGUAAGUACUAACUGAUUAGUCUUCAACAGCAGCAGUUCCUUGAAUUCGAUUUCUGUGUCCUCAUGAAAUACAUUUGAAUAUUUCAGCUGGUCUUUGACUGAUGAAAUCGGAAAGCUUUGGCAUAUUUCAAAAUGUAGUCCAUCUUUGUGAGAACCUCGAAUGUGUAUAGCCUAUGAAAGUUUUCUUUAUACUGCUUACAACCCCUUGGAAAAAGAUAUAAAUAUUUAUUUUAUUUAAAAGCCCAAUUGUGUGUGUGUGUGUGUGUAUAUAUAUAUAUAUUUACACUGGCGGCCAAAAGUUUGGAAUAAUGUACAUAUUUUUUUCUCUUAUGGAAAGAAAUUGGUACUUUUAUUCAACAAAGUGACAUUCAACUGAUCAGGACAUUAAUAACGUGAAAAAAUUCUAUUACAAUUUGAUUAUUUGUUUUCAGAAGUUCUUACACUACUUCAAAGAGUUCUCUUUCUGUCCUUGUUAGAGCCAGUUGUAAAUCUUCAUGAAUCCAAAUGAAAUCUUUUAGGGUUUUUUUUUUUUUGGCAAUUUCAAGCAUUGUAUAGCCUUCAUUCCUCAAAACAAUGAUUUACUGAUGAGUUUCUAGAGAAAGCUUCUUUUUUCUUUUUUGCCAUUUUUGACCUAAUAUUGACCUUAAGAAAUGCCAGUCUAUUGCUUAUUGUGGCAACUCAAAAACAAACACAAAGACAAUGUUAAGCUUCAUUUAACAAACCAAAUAGCUUUCAGCAGUGUUUGAUAUAAUGGCAAGUGAUUUUCUAGUACCAAAUUAGCAAUUUAACAUGAUUAUUCAAGGAUAAGCUGUUGGAGUGAUGGCUGCUGGAAAUGGAUCCUAGAAUAGAUUUGAUAAAAAACUACUUUUUCAAAUAGUGAUGGUGCUAUUUUUUACAUCAGUAAUGUCCUGUCUAUACUUUGUGCUCAGUUAAUGCCACUUUGGUGAAUUAAAAUAUGAAUUUCCUUCCGAAACAGCAAAACCUGUACAUUAUUCCAAUAUUAUUCCAAUGUACUGCCAGUUGUGUGUGUGUCUGUCUGUGUGUAUGUGUGUAUGUAUGUAUAUAUAUAUAUAUAUAUAUAUAUAUAUAUAUAUAUAUAUAUAUAUAUAAACUGGGUUGAUUUUGUCAUACACUGGAUUUUUCAAAAAGUGGCCUUGCAUUUUUAUGGAAAUUUGCUUCUGUUGUCAACCGUGUUUUGUUUGUUUGAAUUAUCUCGUUAUUUUUUGUUGCCUCUUAGAUCUGACUUGUUUACAUGGCUUUUUUGUAUAAGUUUGAAUAUGCUCUCAGCACUAUAUACAGUUGCCUGUAAAACAUUGACCUUUAGUUUACAUAGUACUUUCUGUUUUAAUUGUGUGUACUUGAAAAGUUGAAUGAAAAUGCUAAUAAAUUGUGAUUCUUUGUGGGAAAUGUUGCUAAAUAUUGAUUUGAAAAGCAUCUGUAUCAGAGUCAGUAGUUACCAACCAAGUAAAAUGUAAUGUGCACUGCUCAACAUAUCACCAGUGUCGGCUACAUUGACCAAAAUGGUCUGGAAAUAUUAAUGGACUUCUGAGUUUGGUUUGUCA